AUGAAAUUUAGAGUUCUGUUGUUGAUUUUCUCAACACUAGGCAUUUUCGCUAAGGAUGUCACCAAGAUUCAUGAUUGGGUUCAAAAGAACAUCUAAUCUCUAGAGAAGUUUAUCUAAGAAACCGAUAUGUCAAGCGAUAUUUUAUUGGGAGUGUAGAAAAAUGAUUAAGGCAAAAAGUAAAUAUCAAUAUUGAAAGUAGCUAUUAAAAUUGGAUUUUUUCUACAAACCAUAAAUAACAUAUAGAACUAACAGGUGGCUAAGUUAUGAAGACAAAUGCAUUCGGUCCUGAAUCUGAAUAUUUCACAGAAAUAACUUAAAAUUUAGUUUUUUUAGGAACUUAAAUAAAGGACAAAGAGUGGAUGAAAAUUUAGAUGAAAAUAAGCGAUGAAAAUGUUGAAAGAAUAGAUAUGUUUACAAAAGAAAAUUAUCAAGGAGUCAGUUUAAUUAAUUCUAACAAUUAAGUAACUAUGAAUAGAUUAUUAAUCGUGGAAAAAAAUAAUGAAAUUAUUUCGUCCUAUGAAGAGCAUGGAAAGUCAAUAAUAUCCAUUUCAAAUUUAUCUGAAAACUAAUUCCUAUUUUAUAUUCUUUACAGUUAAAAUUCAGAAGUUGGUGAUAUUGAAAAGUUAUUUAAUUACAUUGUCAAAAAUGUAAUUGAUCUUGAAAAAGAAACAGAAAUUAAAGAAGGUGAAGAGCCAGUUAAAGAAGAUAAAGAGCCAGAACCAGUUAAAGAGGAUAAGGAGCUAGAUCCUAUUGAAUUUGAUGACGGAGAAGAAGAAGUUGAACCAAAUGGUCCCUUGGAAAAAUUGGAAAAAACAAAGAAUGAAGAAGAAGACGGUGAAGAAAAUGAUAAAGAAAGCGAAGAAUAGCAUGAAGAUUAGAAAGUUGAAGAAGAAAAUCAUGAAGGGGUACCAGAAGAAGAUUGUCCAGGAGGAGAAGAAGAUGAUACUGUCAAAAAUAAAGUAGAUGUUGAUUCAACUACCUAAUUGCCAUCUCAAUAAGAUCCUAAGAGCGUCAAAAUCUAAACUACUGAGGAUGUUGUACCUGAAGAAAACGUUGAAAUAGUCGAAGAGUCAGAAGAAGAAGAAUUAAUUGUACCUUAAAAAAGUCAUACAGUUGGUGGAAAAUCAAGCCUACCUCCAAAAUAAAAUGAAGAAGAUGAUGAAAACAGUGAGCCAGAGCCUCCUUCAGAAGAAUAUUAGAAUUGUGCUGGAGAAGAGUUAGAUACAGUAAAAAACAAAAGAGAUUUAAAUAAAAGCUUAGAAUCUAAAUAAGAGAGGGUGUUUUAGGCUAAAGAAAUGAGUAUUAAAGAAACUAUACAAGAAGAAGAAGGAGAAGGUGAUGGAAAACCUGACGGAACAGAUGAGGGUAAAACUAAUGGAACAGAUGAGGUGAAGACUGAUGGAACAGAUGCAGUUAAAACUGAUGGAACAGAUGAGGUGAAGACUGAUGGAACAGAUGCAGUUAAAACUGAUGGAACAGAUGAGGUUAAAACUGAUGGAACAGAUGCAGUUAAAACUGAUGGAACAGAUGAGGUUAAAACUGAUGGAACAGAUGCAGUUAAAACUGAUGGAACAGAUGAGGUUAAAACUGAUGGAACAGAUGCAGUUAAAACUGAUGGAACAGAUGAGGUUAAAACUGAUGGAACAGAUGCAGUUAAAACUGAUGGAACAGAUGAGGUUAAAACUGAUGGAACAGAUGCAGUUAAAACUGAUGGAACAGAUGAGGUUAAAACUGAUGGAACAGAUGCAGUUAAAACUGAUGGAACAGAUGAGGUUAAAACUGAUGGAACAGAUGCAGUUAAAACUGAUGGAACAGAUGAGGUUAAAACUGAUGGAACAGAUGCAGUUAAAACUGAUGGAACAGAUGAGGUUAAAACUGAUGGAACAGAUGCAGUUAAAACUGAUGGAACAGAUGAGGUUAAAACUGAUGGAACAGAUGCAGUUAAAACUGAUGGAACAGAUGAGGUUAAAACUGAUGGAACAGAUGCAGUUAAAACUGAUGGAACAGAUGAGGUUAAAACUGAUGGAACAGAUGCAGUUAAAACUGAUGGAACAGAUGAGGUUAAAACUGAUGGAACAGAUGCAGUUAAAACUGAUGGAACAGAUGAGGUUAAAACUGAUGGAACAGAUGCAGUUAAAACUGAUGGAACAGAUGAGGUUAAAACUGAUGGAACAGAUGCAGUUAAAACUGAUGGAACAGAUGAGGUUAAAACUGAUGGAACAGAUGCAGUUAAAACUGAUGGAACAGAUGAGGUUAAAACUGAUGGAACAGAUGCAGUUAAAACUGAUGGAACAGAUGAGGUUAAAACUGAUGGAACAGAUGCAGUUAAAACUGAUGGAACAGAUGAGGUUAAAACUGAUGGAACAGAUGAGGUGAAAACUGAUGGAACAGAUGCAGUUAAAACUGAUGGAACAGAUGAGGGUAAAACUGAUGGAACAGAUGCAGUUAAAACUGAUGGAGCAGACGCAGUUAAAACUGAUGGAACAGAUGCAGUUAAAACUGAAGGAACAGAUGAAGGUAAAACAGAUGGAACAGAUGAAGGUAAAACAGAUGAGGGUAAAAGUGAGGGAACUGAUGGAAAAACAGAAGGAGAUGUUUCAUCAACAAAAAAGCCCGAAAAUGAUAGUUCUAAGUCGGAAUAGGAAGUAACAACUUUAUUGAUUAUAAAAGGAACCUUGCGUUAUUUUAUAUUCAGAAUGCCAUUAUACUGGAGAUGAAUUAAAAUUAUGUGGAGCUCAUCCUGUUAUUCCAAAUGAUAUGAAAAAUUUUAAAGUUAAAUCAAUUAAAGUCCCUGAAGGUGUUUAAGUGACAUUCUUUAAUAAGCCUAACUUUGAUGAUGAAAGAUUGCAUGCAAAGACAGAAAUGGAAUGUCUUGAAACUCCAUUAAGAUUAAAUUUACUAGAAUUAAUGAAUAAUCUAAGAAUGUCAAAGCAAGUUAAUAUAAACUCAAUAUCAGUUACAAAAUGAUAAUUGCAUAUUUAGUUUAUAUUAUAAAUAAUUAUUUUAUCUAAGCAGAUUUUCAUAAUUGAAGAUCAAAUAUUUUAACUAUUUAAAAAUUAUUAUUUAAAAUAAAUUUUCCGAGCAAUCUUUUUUCUUUUAACUCAUUUAUCUUAAGUUAAAAAAUAACUGAUUCAAUCUUUACUAAUUUAUUUUAUUAAAUUUAAAAA